GCUGUAAACAAUAUGGCGGAGUCAAGAUAACAACAGACUUAGGACAUCCUUAGAGUAGCUUUUGCUGCCUUAAUUGAUUAAAAAUCAGGCUUUCAGCAUGUAUUAUUUUAAAGAUUAUGGAGCUGGGAGUGAGCGUGGUGAUUUUGAUUAUUCUACCAAAGAAGAAUCAAAGGAGAACUAUCAUGACCAUUCACAGACUGGAAGAAUUGGGGAUGGUAAACAAAAUCUUACGAAGGCAGUUCAUCCCAGAAUACUGACAUGGGAAGACAGAAGCCAGAGAAGUCUUAGACAAACUAAUGCAGCUGCACAACUUAGAAAUACUUUACUUUCUAUGCAGCAGGAGUCUUCAGAUGUUCCUUUAGGACCUCUACCAUCUCCUGAAGAAGCAGCAGUUUUGUUGAGAAAUCAUGCAGCAUACACAAGUCAUUUAGAGUCUGAGUCUGCUUACAUCAAGGAAGAAAUUGCUGUAAUUAGAAUGAAAUUGGCAGAAGUAUUGGAAGAGAAUCGAACUCUGCACAAUGAGCUGAAAACAACAGUUGUUCAUGACAUUCUCAAAGAUGGAGGAGAAAUCAUCAAUGUGAUGGGUACCUUAGAUCAGACAUUCUCUGAUUCUUAUUCUAAUGUUAUGGGUCGACAUGAUUUUAAAAGGUGGCAAGUAGAAUUGGAAAGACUGAGCAAACUUCAUGCUGCAAAGACUGAAAGACUGGAAUCACAAUUAGGUUUUUCUAAAUCUGAGGUAGAGAAAUUACAACAAACUGUAGAGGAUUUGAAAUCACAAUUAAGAAUCCAAGACUCUAUACCAACCCACGAGAAUGGAUCACUGAUAGAGGGAGCAUUUCUUUCAGAAGCACAAAGGCACAUAACUUAUCGAACCAUUGAGAAGCUUACAAAGGAGCGCGAUGAGCUGAUGGACCAUGUGACAGCUCUACAGUCUCAGUUAAAAGAAAUGAGUCAAAGAGAAGAAGAUGCCUACCAGCAGAUGAAGAAAGGAAUACAGUUGGUGGAGCAGGCUCAGUUGGAACAGACAGAGGCUCUUGUGGAAAAAGAACAAGUAUGUGAAGAACUGUUACGGGUUCGCCAAAGAUUUGAGGCUCAUGUCAGAGAGUCCCAGACAGUGAUCAGGGCAGAAAGAGAAACAGUCAGGAGAGAAAACCAGGCCCUAAUUGAUGACCUCAAUAAUAAGCUGAAGGAACUUGCUGAAUUCUACACUCUUGUCCAAUCCAAAUAUGAGAAAGAAGUGAGAGAUAAAGCAGCCCUGGCAGGUGAAAUAGCUGAACUGAAAUCACAGUUGAGGACUUGUGACAGAGAGGUCACUGUGACAGCAGAGAGUUAUAGAACAGAAACAACAAAUGCCUCCUUACAACGCAACUCAGCCUUGUACGAGUCAAACAGAUUACGCUCUGAGCUGGAAAAAGUGAGGCAUGAGCAUGAGCAGGAGACAAGUAGAACUAAAAUAGAGUUGGAUGAUUUGAGACAGAGGCUGAACAAAGCUGAGAGAGAAUUGAUCAACUCAAAAGAGGAGUGUAUCCACAUGACAUCCACCAUCCAGGCUUUAGAAAGAGAGUUGCAUCUGGCCAAGAUGGCGAGAGAUACAAUAGAAAGGUCACGACUUGAAGACCUAAAGGUGAUUCGCAAGCAAGCCCAGGACAGAGAAGAAGAAAUGAUUCUGAAAAUGGAAGAAGCAGAUGAUAGACACAGUCAAGCCACUCAUGAGAUGGACACAAUGCUGUUGAAACAAAACAAACUGAUACUCAAGCUGAGAGAAGAGUGCAAGAAACAAGCCAUACACCUGGAGAAAACCAUUAAGAAAUAUAGAGGUCAAAAUGGAAAGUUACAACAGGCCAACAGUGAGCUUAUGAAGAGGAUGGAGAGAAUGAGUCUUCGUGUGACAGAACUUGAGAAUCAGUCUGACCAACAUGUCAGGGUUCAUGAUAAGAUGAAAGAUCGACUGAAGUCUUUGGAUGAGCAGGCUCAACACCAAGCUGUUCAGUUGGUUGAAGCCAUCACAAAAUACAGUCAAUUAAGUCGAGAUCGCCAGCUAUUGGCCAGGGAGGUGGAGUUCUUACGAUCCCAACUCCACAAAGCAAGCCAGACAUCUACUGAAGUUCUGCGUCUUAAUUCUUCCUCCAAGGUCUUAGUUGACGACAUUCUAAAUACAAUGACAAAAGAUGAACGUGAUGGGACAAUAGCACUGAUCCCUGAGCUGCAGUUGAACAUUCCUGAUCUUCCAGCCAAAAUUGACUUAGAAGACACGUUCUCAGAAACGGGAAUGUAAACAUAGGAGUGAUCUGUGAUAUGAUUAUUUAUUAUUUGUUUUGUGCAAAAAAAAAACACAAUAAUAUUUUAGCUAUAUCUCUAUACAACCCAAUUACAUUUAGUUGAAAUCUAUCUUUCAAGCAAAAUUUAUCUAUUUUUUAUGUAUCUCUCUGUCUCUAUUAUUAUAAAAGUGAAUGAUAAUGAAUGUAAUGUUCAGUUGUAACAUGAAUACUGUCAGUGUAUGUUUUGAGCUGUUGCCGUCCAAUUCUUUAUAAGAUAGAAGCAGAUUGAAGUAAUAUUUGUAUUUUGAAUAGAUCCUGUAAAAAUAAUGUAUGGUUGAUUUUUACAGGUUGAACUUAGGUAUGACUGAUAUAUAUUGAUGUCUAAAAGUUUGUUUGCUAUGUAUGUAUUCAUUUUGAAUUAGAAAACUAAUAAAUCAAAUACUACUCCAUUCUGAAAAUGAAA